UUCCUUCGCGUCUCGUCCGUCGAGAUGUGAAGGAGGCACAAAACAGGUCCCCUCCGUCUGUGCGCGUGUGUGCGCGCAAGUGAAAGGCUCGAGAUCUCGCCCGCACCUCGCUCUGCUCCGCAUUUCUCCACCGGACCGCAGUGGAGACAGUCGAGCGUCGGAGGACUGCGUCCGCUAGAAAGCGGGCUUUGUGCGGCGUUCACGGCUCCGGUCUCCCGCAGAAGCACCGCACAGCGCGAAUUCACCGCCUGGGCUUGUUUUUUUUUUCGCCUUCUCGCUUUUGCGCGCUUCCCUCACUUGUAAGUGAGAUGCGGGAUACGCAGCAUCACCGGUGCUCGUCGGAACGAGCGUGAUUCAGAGACCUUACUGUCGGAUUGUAAGCCAGUUGCGGCGAAGAGCGAAGAGGAGAGACACGCAACUCUCCGCCGGUGGAGAAAAGACAGUUUUAUCUGCGGGGGGAUGGAGUGAGGAGGGAUAUUUCUCCAACUAUUUGAGAUGUGGAUGGUUUUUAUUCACUGGGUGCGUCAGUGCUCCAUCAAACAGGAAACGAUUUGGUCUUUUAAAGAUCUCAUUUACCUGGACAGCUGCUGAGCUGAACGGCGACGCAUUUCGUCCACCGCUGAGACACCCAGGGCAGAGGGAGGCGCGGAGUAACACCCACUGAACUAAACGGGGCAUAGUUGCAUUGCAAUUAGGCUUUUCUUACUUAAAGCACAUAUUCCCGUAGCCAAUGGACACGAACGCGAGACGGGGACAGAGAGUAUAAUACGCUUCAACCCCGAGCAAAGGAGCAGCAGAUACUCGGGUGGCUGUGACAGGGGCAUCCCCGGGGCAGGACCCAUGAGGAUUCAUAGAAGAUGCUCACAGCCUGGGCGCUUCUGCUCUUCUUAGCCAUGUGGGUGAGAAGCACCGCUGGUGGCCCGCUCUCCUUCAGAAUAGCUGCCAUCCUCGAUGACCCUAUGGAGUGCAGCCGAGGGGAGCGCCUGGCCAUCACGCUCGCCAAAGACAGCAUCAACAGGAACAGCAACCGCUCCACCACCGGCAAGCUGGAGGUGGACAUAUUCGAAUUGCUGAGAGACAGUGAAUAUGAGAUGGGGGAGACGAUGUGCCAAAUCAUGUCCAAGGGGGUGGUGGCAGUCCUCGGCCCUUCUGCCAGUCCCGCCUCCAACUCCAUCAUCAGCAAUAUAUGUGGUGAGAAGGAGGUGCCCUACGUUAAGGUGGCUCCGGAGGACAUCUUGAAGGUCCAGUUCCCGCGCUUCACCACCCUGGACCUGCGGCCGACCAACACGGACAUCAGCCUGGCCGUGGCCGGCCUGCUCACCUUCUUCAACAGCACCGCCUCCUGCCUCAUCUGCGCCCAGGCCGACUGCUUACUGAACCUGGAGCAGCUCCUCCGGCAGUUCCUCAUCUCCAAGGAGACGCUGUCAGUGCGCAUGCUUGACGACAGCCAGGACCCGACCCCGCUCCUGAAGGAGAUCCGAGAUGACAAGACCGCCACCAUCAUAGUGGAUGCCAACGCCACCAUGUCACACAUCAUUCUGGAAAGGGCAUCAGAGCUGGGAAUGCUGUCUGUGUACUACACUUACAUCUUCACCUCUCUGGAAUUCUCCUUACUACGACUGGAUGAUGUGGUGGACCAACGAGUCAACAUUGUCGGAUUUUCAGUCUUCAACAAAACUCAUCCUUUCUUCCAGGAUUUUGUGCUAAGCCUGAAUCGCUCCUGGCAAGAGAACUGUGACCAUGCGCCCUUUGCUGGAACCCCACUCUCCUCCGCUCUGCUCUUUGAUGCAGUGUACGCAGUAGUGGCGGCAGUCCAGGAGUUGAACCGCAGCCAGAACGUCGGCGCCACUCAGCUCUCCUGCAAGUCCUCCAAGAUCUGGGAGCACGGCACCAGCCUGAUGAAUUACCUGAGGAUGGUAGAGCUGGAAGGUCUAACGGGCCACAUCGAGUUCAACAGCAAGGGCCAGCGGUCCAACUACGCGCUGAGGAUCAUGCAGAACAGCAAGGAUGGCUUAAGGCAGAUCGGCCUGUGGCACUCUGAAGAUGGACUGUCCAUGGAGAAAAAGCUUCCAUCAAUCAACGUGACGGACACCCUCUUCAACACGACCCUCACCAUCACCACCAUAUUGGAGAACCCGUACGUGAUGCUGCGGCAGAACCACCAGGAGCUGGAGGGCAACGACCGCUACGAAGGCUUCUGCGUGGACAUGCUGAAGGAGCUGGCCGACAUCCUCAAGUUCAAGUAUCGCAUCCGGCUGGUGGGGGACGGACUCUACGGGGUCCCUGGAGCCAACGGGACGUGGAGCGGCAUGGUGGGCGAGCUCAUCUCCAGGAAAGCUGACCUGGCGGUCGCCGGCCUCACCAUCACCGCGGAGCGCGAGAAAGUCAUCGACUUCUCCAAGCCGUUCAUGACCCUCGGCAUCAGCAUCAUGUACCGCGUCCACCUGGGACGCAGGCCAGGCUACUUCUCCUUCCUGGAUCCCUUCUCCCCCGGAGUCUGGCUCUUCAUGCUUCUAGCCUACUUGGCUGUCAGCUGUGUCCUCUUUCUGGUGGCCAGGUUGACGCCGUAUGAGUGGUACAACCCUCAUCCCUGUCUGAAGGGUCGCUGCAACCUGCUAAUCAACCAGUAUUCACUUGGCAACAGCUUUUGGUUUCCUGUCGGCGGCUUCAUGCAGCAGGGAUCCACCAUCGCUCCCAGGGCCUUAUCAACGCGCUGCGUCAGCGGAGUGUGGGUCUUCAUCCAGGUGCGCAGCUAUUUUAAUAUUCCCGAUCACUCUUCGUGCUCCGGUCUGGCCCAUUUACAUGGCUUUCUAGCCAACCUGGCUGCCUUCCUGACAGUCCAGAGGAUGGAGGUGCCGAUAGAGUCAGUGGACGACCUGGCGGAUCAGACAGCAAUAGAAUACGGCACCAUGCACGGAGGAUCCACUAUGACCUUCUUCCAGAACUCUCGUUACCAGACCUACCAGCGCAUGUGGAACUUCAUGCACUCCAAGCAGCCCAGCGUGUUUGUGAAGAGCACGGAGGAGGGCAUCGCCCGCGUCCUCAACUCCAACUAUGCCUACCUGCUGGAGAGCACCAUGAACGAGUACUACCGCCAGAGGAACUGCAACCUGACGCAGAUCGGAGGACUGCUGGACACCAAGGGCUACGGUAUCGGCAUGCCCCUGGGGUCGGUGUACCGGGACGAGUUUGACCUGGCCAUCCUCAAGCUGCAGGAGGACAAUCGCUUGGAGAUCCUCAAGAGAAAGUGGUGGGACGGUGGCAAGUGUCCAAAGGAGGAGGACCACCGUGCCAAAGGCUUGGGGAUGGAGAACAUCGGCGGGAUCUUCGUGGUGCUGGUGUGCGGCCUGCUGGUGGCCAUCUUCAUGGCCGUGCUGGAGUUUGUGUGGAUGCUGAGGCAGACGCCGGGAAACGAGCAGUCAGUGUGCGAGGAGAUGCUGCGGGAGCUCCAGGGCAUCGUCCUGUGUCGAGACAGCCUGCAGGUGAGGCGUCGCCGGGCCGCCUCCAUGCUGCGGCCGCGGCCCCUGGCCCUGGAGGAGCGCCGGGCGCGAGCGGCCGCCGUCAGCCUCAGCAACGGCAAGCUGUGCGGCGGCACCGGGCUGCCCGAGCCCCUGUCCCACAGACUGGCGCAGGAGGCCGCGCUGGUCGCCAGGGGCUGCAGCCACAUCCGCAUCUGCCCCGAGUGCCGGCGCUUCCAGGGACUGAGGAUGCGCCCCGCGGGGGCCACGGGGGCGCUGCCGUCCCCCACGCACAGCGAGGAGAGCAUAGAAUGGGACAAGACCACAAACAGCAGUGAACCCGAAUAACCAGAGAGUCCGACGGGGCCGACGCUCUGCUUUCCAGGGAUCAAAGGUCGCGUGGCGUUUUUAUACAGCGACUCGGAGCUUGGUCUUGAAGGGCAGGACAAUGCUGGGGACUGGGUUUUUGCUCUGGAGGCAGCAGUCAGUUUUUGGGAUAUCCUUGGGUGAUUUUUUUCCCCCAUGGUCAUGGGAAAAACUGAUGAGUCUGUCUCGUUAUGGUCUGUCCCUGUUGGCUCUCUGUACCGUGCAAAACAGGACGGACAAAAACAGCUACGGGGCAUUUGUACUAUGCAGUAUUUUCAGUCAUUUAUCAUUGUGCUGUUCCCUUUUUUUUCUUUUUAAAUUAUUUCUGUCCUCUGUUGGGUUUAUCAGUACUGAAUAUUGUUAUUCUAUUGUUCAAAAAAAAAAAGUUCCUUUUUUAUCUGACAGUUUACUGUAUGGACAUAAAUUGCCUCUGAAGAGCCGAAGAGCUGAAGAUGAACAGACUAACGCAAGGUCAUCUUUGGAAUCCUUUUAUUUUGAAAGUGCCAAAAACCACGAGCGGUAUCUCGUGGCUGAAGGAAGCACCGCAGCCUUGAGGAGACGACGAACUCGACCGGAGCUCGAAGUCGAGCGGAGGGUGCGAGACGCGCGGACUUGUUUUAUAGUAGUGAUAUUCUAAUGUUUUAACUGUUGGUAUCUCUGAAAGGCAGAGGUGUUGGGCCCUUUGAACGAACGGCAGAAAAACCCGACGCUGACGCAAACACGCGCAUUCACCGAAACAUGCAUUUGUUUUCUAUCCUCCGCGUCCUUCAUUCGACCUUCGUCCCGUCCGUCAUCUUUAUUAUCUCUCACUUAAAAAUGCAGAGCACAGUGUCUGCCUCGUCAGAUUCCAGGUGAUUAUUUUCCCGCAACUCGCACGCUGAGGCAUUAACCGAGGCUUUUUAAGAGGUCUGUGUAUGAACGAGCCCCGGCGAACGUCAGAACCAAAACAUGAGGUCCCUGGCAAGGUAAAGGCUUAUUUAUAUCCGCAGUUGGCUUGAGUUCCUUUAAAUGUCAAGGCGGUUAAAGUUUUAUUGAAUGUGAUGUUUUACACAUUGCUUCGAGGGGCUUUUCAGUUCACAUCAGCCUCGGUUCCCUAUGACUUUUAUUUUUGCAAAAGCCAAGCCGUGGAAUACAUUAAUAAUGUCCUGUGGAGGGACCGGCGCGAUGAUUCAUUCUGCCGCUUAUGGGUGCAGUCCAGUUAUUGACAUCAGUAAAAUCGAGUGCGUUGGAGAUUAACCUGAGCUCUUUAGCGGCCGUGACCUUCAGUCACGCGUUCGCAUUAAACAGACCACCGGCAGGAUUUAUUACUUCCUGGGUGCACUUGUACGUGCUUUGAAGGUGUCGCUUCAUGAAAGCCUGGCCGUUGCCCAGUGAGGAGCGGCGGCCUCCACCUGUCUUCACAGCUUCCUGCUUAUCUCUGAUGUGUUCAUUUCAUCUGCCCAUCAGCGCCUGUCACUCAGCUGCCGUCACUCAGCUGCCCCCAGAAGUAGGCCACCAACUCCAGCUGGAGGGCGUUCAUAUCUCUCAUAUCGUAUUUUUAUUAGCUCCAGCCACUGUCUACCCUUCUUCUUUUUUUAUUUUGUUUGUUUUUAUGAUUUUUGCCAAGAAUUGUCUUUUCAAAGUAGCAGCCAGGAAAGAGGGUGAAAUAUAUUGCAAUGUCUGUGUUGGUGUAUGAGUAUGUCUAUGCUCGCACUGCUGACCAGGGGAAGUCUUCUCACCACCUUUCACACACCUGUUCCUGCUGGGUUGACCUGUCAGAAGCUGCUGGCGGACCUGCAGAGAAGUGCAGUUUUCAGUGAAUUAGAUUAGAUUCAUUUUCGCUCAAACCAUGAGGUUUGUUGGAGAGAAGUUCAGAACUUAGUUCAGACACAUGUUGCUUUGAUGUUUCACCCACAGAAAUGAAUAGAAACUUUGCCACCUACUGAGGAGCUUAUGACAAAGCAUUGCAUCAAAUCAAAUCCUCCUCCCAGAAAGACUUUUUUUUAGGUUUUGUAAAAUACAAGAUUAAAACCGGUGAUUAUUUGAUUUUCCAAUAAAUCACCUAUUCACUGGGCAGUGACAACCUUAGUUUCUUUAACACUGUUACUGUUCAACUAACUCUUCAGUCACAGAUACAUGAAUGUAAAAGCAGCUGCUUUACUCUUUUUCGUGACUUAGUGGGGAACGAUUAAUGAUGUGUGAUGCAAAUGACAAACCGCAACGACUACAACAUCCUGUUCUCUUUUUCACCAGAACGUCUGAUCUUGCAGCUUGACAUCCCGUUUGAGUCACUGCACCGUUAAAACACCGUGUUCUGGUUGCUGAUGGGCACACAGCACCGCUGUGGCCUAGCCGACGAAGAGCAACAACAAGAUUAAGCGUGUUCCGCGGAUUUGUCUGAUCACAUAACAUCUAUUCACAGUCCUGCCCAGAGACUAGGUGACAUUUCUGCUUUAUUCCCACCUAAUAGUGUUUCAGCUUCCAUCGAUUAAAACCACAGCGGCCUGUUUGCCUAAAUAGUUUAACUUCAAACAAACUCUAAGCUUGCUUAUACUUGCAAAACAAAUUAUUAUAAUAUAAUUAUUACUUUAUUAUAUUAUUAAUUGCUUUGUCUUCCAAUUCAGCCCAUUAGUCGGAUGUCUUAAUGAAGUUUUGUGAAGAUCUUGGUGAAGUGUAAUCUAAAUCAUUGUUUCCAUAAAAUCGGUUGGGUUUUGGUUGAUUUCAGCAACUAUUAAUCAUUUUUUGCUGUAACUGUCUCACAGAAGUUGUGUUAACAUAUCUUGCCGUCCAGUGUUUAUAUAUGUAUUUGUAUCACUGGAAGAGCUUUGAAAUUGAGUAUGCUGAUAUAACACAAAGCUACAGAUGCAGCCGUCUGGAGACGGUCACACUGUGAGAAAACGGUUCACAGCCAAUAGAAACUAUACAUUUCUUUUGUUUAAUAACUCGUUAACAGUCAAUUCAGUGAGAACAGAACAGGGGGAAAGUCUCACAUUUCAUUACCGGUGUGUGUCCAUUUGCUGAAUGUCACCAAGAAACUGCACCUGAUGCCAACGUCCCAAACAUUUACAGGGCUGCUAAAUCAAGCGUAGUGGGAAUGAGAUUGGCAAUUACCUUGAAGGCAUGAAGAGCAGUAGAGUACGAAUUAAAACAAAUCCCAGUGGGAAACACUGGGCGACCUUCGCUGAGAGACCACUCACGAAGCUGGCAGGCUCUGGCUGCUGUAUAUUAUGAGAUUUAUUUUCUUAUGUUGACAUUUAUAUCCCAUCAUAAAUACAUUUGUUAGAUCAACCUCUGUUCUGUGGGGUUCUGGUUUGUCUCCGAUGUGUUUCACGUUAACUCCGUCCGGCCUCUGAGAGCACUUUUGUGCUUUGUUACAUAUAUUUUAUUAUUCACACUGUGGCCAUAUUCAGCCAGUGCCCCUCUAACAGACAACUGUUAAGUGCACCGGGAGGAGCCGACGCAUCUACCUCUCAUGUCUCUCCUAUGACCGAAUUAACAUCUGCACACUUGAAUCAGCGGAACAGCUGGGAGCUCGUGUAGGUAGGAAGCGUAAUGGAGGCUAAUGAGUUUAACAACUCACUCGUGCUGCAACCGUGGCUCGGCCGCGCUCCAUCCAUCACUGUGAUUUCCUGUGGAUGCGUCCCCCACCUCGGCCCGGGGAGCGCACUCGAGCGCCGCGGCGUUACAGAUGACACCGUUUUUCAGUACAACCGGCGUGUCACGGCGUAUGUACAGGUCACGCACGCCCACGUAAUUCCUCCGAGAGUGACACGGGCGCACACGAGCGCUCACCGCCACCUGUGCGUCACCGCUGGGCCGCGUCUAUUCCGCCUGUCUCCGGCGCUCCGGGGCCAUAAAUUAAACGCACCUCUACCCGCCGCUGCCCGGCUGCCGUUGGAUUUAUGGAGCUCCGUGAUGAACACUGAGCGCCUGCAGAGGUGUGGGAAAAAAUCUACUCCACUGCUGGAGUUUACCCAGUUGUAGCGCAUAGCGGUGCCAAUCCCUCCCAGUUGAUUGUUAUUCUGCGAGGAUUUACGAAUUAUGAUACACGGAGUGUGAAACACUCCACAAAAACAGCUCGCUGCUCGCAUAAAAGUCACUCUGCGGCCGCUACAGUUUGAUUUCAUUCAAAAGGCAGUCAGGAAAACCGUUCAUCCCAUCUCCAUCCCUUUCCUGGCGGCAGGUUUUGCAAGGUUAACAGCGUGCACGUGCAGCUCACGGCGACCGAGUCCAAGGGCGCGGAGAGAAAGACGCAACGGGAGAAAGUUUCUACUUCACGGCGACUGUUGCACAUUUUUAAGUGAGAGGUUUCAUAUUGAUCUGCUGGGACUUAAUUGCAAAUGGUUUGAUGCUGUUGUGUGGUCAAAGAAAAGUUAUUCGGAGCGCAGGAAUCCUCUCCAAGGUGAGACGCUGUCAGCGCCGUUAUUCGGCCUUUUGUGCACCGACAGCCGCCGUUGCACAUAUUGACCAAAACAUCUUGACAUUGUUUGUCUUUCAGAGAAAUAAAACGGAGCUUCAUUUA